AUGGUAAGGGAGUGGAUUCAGUGUGUAUUUGCAGAGGAGGAUACAGGGGGAAAAGUGUCAGAAGGAGAAGGAGAUUUAGUGCUUAUUAGGAAAAGGGGGAAAUAUUUAGGCCCAGGUAGCGGACGACCUCAGCUCCCUGUAGGAACCGCAGUAAGAUGCUUGGACUCCCGUUCAGACCUGAUCGUGUGGAAGGCCAACCAGCCCGGCCCGACUAGUGAGGUGGUGCAGUAUGCUUUCGAGCCUAAGGAUGGAGGCGAUAAUAUUCGACUGCAUAGAAUGAUGCUGCAAAAUAAGAGCCUCCAAAACAUUAACAUCGCAACGAUCAACAACGCCAGUUUCCGUGAACUUCGGUCGAAGAUUAACUUCAUCCUUCUAGGAGGCACCGAAACGAAGCAUAUGAAGAGGUUCGAGAAGCGCGAGAACCGGGUGAAGCGACGAUGCGACAAGACCUCUCAGCGGUCGUGCAACCCGCACCUGACCAAGCUGGAGAAGACGCUCAAGAUCAAGUCCCCUCACGAGCGAGUUAAGUGUGCCAGGGGAGAGAAAGAAAUAUGAAGAGAGUCUUCGCUAGAACAAGAAAUCUAGUCAAGGUUUUAGGUAAGACUGCAGCAGGAAGAGACGAAAGGAGGAAAAGAGCCAAGAGUUUUACGUUUUUUAAGGGAAAAAAAGAUAUAUGAAAGUUGUGCAAGAGGAUGACUUGGACAGAAGCGAAAAGGAUUGGGAAAAGGAGAGACCCAAAUGUGCUCUUAUAUGGGGGUGUUUUAAUAGACAUGAAGUGAUACUAGCGCGACAUGUGUUUCAGAUAAACCACAAGUAAACAAACAUAACGAAAGUCUACAAAACAAAGUCUAAAUGAUAACCACACAACAAAAUAAAAAACAUUCAGGAAUAGAAAUGCUAAAGAUUAGUUAUUAUAACUGUAACUAAGAGACAACCGAAAUGGUUGCAUUGCAGUAAAGGGUGAU